AUGACAUUACCAAAGCUAGAAUUGAUAGCUGCAGUAAUAGGAGCUCGAAUGGCUCAAAACCUCAUGAAAACCCUAAAACCACAACGCACAGUACUAUGGAGUGACAGUCAGAUCGUUCUGCACUGGAUUUCGUCUUUAAAAUCAUUUGGAAGAUUUGUUCAGAAUCGUGUGAUAGAAAUUAAAGAAUCGACACAAAAUUACGACUGGAAAUACGUACCAACAGACUCAAAUCCAGCCGACCUUCAAACUAGAGGAAUAUCAUCAACGCAAUUCAAAGAAUCGACUUUGUGGAUGCAAGGACCGUCAUGGAUAUCAGAUGAGAACAGUUGGCCUACAUGGACCCCACAAGUUAAACAAGAGACUCUUUUGUUAACGACAACAGAUGACAGCGAAAAGACAAAACCGUGUGAAUUAAGUGGAAUUUCGAAAAUAAUUGAUCUAUCGAGAUUCUCGUCAUUAAAGAAGUUACUACGAGUUACAUGCUACGUGUUUAAAUUUGUGAAUAUAUGUAAAAGUAAGCGACCGUAUAACUUAAGGAAAUAUGCUAGACACGGAAAAGAUAUUACGAAAGAUGAAAUCGACCGCGCAACUCAUACAUGGAUUACAGAUGUUCAAAAUGAAAAAUUCAGAAAUGAAAAGCAGCAACUCGCAAACCCGUCACAUGACAAGAAUCUACCGUUAGUAAGACAACUGCGCUUGUUCAUAGAUACAGAAGGUGUCAUUCGAUGCGCCGGGCGCAUACACAAUUCACAGUUAGACGACUCCGCGAAGUUUCCCGUGUUAUUACCCAAGAAAAAUCUAUUUACGGACUUAGUUAUAUUGAACGCGCACCUGCAGAUGUUGCAUUCUGGUGCUGGACAGACAAUUACGCAAAUCCGCCAAUCAUAUUGGAUACCUUCCAUUAGACAAUGCGUUAACCACAUCGUACAGAAAUGUGUAAAGUGCCGAAAAGUGACCGGAAAAGCAUUUCCACAGCAAAUUUCGCCUCCGCUACCUAAGGAUAGAGUCACCGAUAUGAUUCCGUUUACGACAACUGGUGUUGAUUUCGCUGGACCACUUUUCGUUAAAGAUAAUGGACUUGUUACAAAAUCGUAUAUUUGCCUAUUCACAUGUGCUUGUAUUCGUGCCGUACACCUAGAACUUGUUACAGAUAUGACAAUCGAAUCAUUCAAAUUAGCGUUUAGACGAUUCGUUAGUAGGAGAGGAAUUCCGAGUACUGUGUAUUCCGAUAAUGCACCAACCUUUGUUUCCGCCUCACAUGACAUUCCGAAGGAAAUGAACAUUCAAAUUAAUUGGAAAUUUAUUCCGAAAGCAGCACCGUGGUACGGUGGAUGGUGGGAGAGACUAGUUGGAAUUACGAAAACGACAUUAAAAAAAGUGCUCGGAAAAUCACAAGUAAAUUCUGACUUAUUACGAACAACUUUGAUAGAAAUCGAACGGGUAAUCAACGAUCGUCCGAUUACGUAUGUGUCGUCCGACAUUCGAGAUCCAGAGCCGCUAACGCCGUCACAUCUACUGCAGGGAAGAAGAUUAUCGCAAGACAACAAUUCUGAUUCAGAGGACAAUAAUUUAAAUGUAGAUUUCACAGAAGCAAACAAACGUUACAACCAUAAAGUAACUUUAAUUGAACAGUUUGCAAAACGAUGGAGAAUGGAAUACCUCACCGGAUUAAGAGAAUUUCAUCGCGUCGCCGGAGACCAAAGCGCACAUGUGAAAAUCGGUUCCGUCGUACAAAUCAUGGACAAUUCACCGAGAAUGAUGUGGAAACUAGCUGUUAUAGAAGAUUUGAUCACCGGGAAGGAUGGAGUCGUAAGAGCAGUCAAACUACGUACACCAAAUGGACUGAUUACCACGAGACCAAUUGUGAAACUGGUGCCAUUGGAAAUAUGA